CCUUGCUUUAGUCACCUCAAAACUCUAAGAAGCAGCAUCUUAUAGGAAUUAGAGCUCAGAGAUAGAGAGAGGGAGGGAGAGAGGGAGAGUUUGUUUUAGAGAGCUAGAGUGCUCUGUUUCUUUCAGUUCUUUCUGUUUUAAAGAUCAGAACUGGCUGCUGUAAUGACGUCUUCGCUCAGCCGAGACCUUAUCUUUUUAAUUUUGCAGUUUCUUGAUGAAGAAAAGUUCAAAGAAACUGCUCACAAGCUGGAGCAGGAAUCAGGGUUGUUCUUUAAUGCAAAGUACUUUGAGGAGCUUGUGUUGGGUGGCGACUGGGAUGAGGUUGAGAAGUAUCUUUCUGGGUUUACCAAAGUGGAUGAUAACCGAUAUUCGAUGAAGAUAUUUUUUGAAAUUCGCAAGCAAAAGUAUCUGGAAGCAUUGGAUAAGCUUGAUCGGACCAAGGCUGUAGAUAUCCUCAUGAAGGAUCUCAAAGUUUUUGCCUCUUUUAAUGAAGACUUGUUCAAAGAAAUUACUCAGCUGCUUACAUUGGAUAAUUUCAGGGAAAAUGAUCAACUCUCGAAUUAUAGAGAUACAAAGUCAGCAAGAGCAAUUAUGUUGCUUGAGCUGAAAAAGCUUAUGGAGUCAAAUCCCCUUUUCCGUGACAAAUUGCAGUAUCCUAACAUAAAAAAUUCAAGAUUACGAAUGCUUAUCAACCAAAGCUUGAAUUGGCAGCAUUCCCUUUGUGGUAAUCCAGGGCAAAAUCCUGAUAUAAGAACCCUCUUUGUUGAUCACAGUUGUAGAAAUGCUAAUCAUGCAUAUCCCCAACUAGCAGCGAGCAAUCACCUCAUAGCUUCUGCACCAAAGCCUGAAGGUUUUCUCUCAGUAGUUGCAAAUGGGUCAUUCCAGCCUGCACCAUCACCAGCACCAGCAGCAGCACCAGCACCAGCACCAGCACCAGUUCCAAUACCAGUUCAAACACCUUUAACAACAUGGAUUUCCAAUCCUGCAACUGUAACCCACCCAAUAGUUCUCGGAGGAGGAUUAAAUUUCAUCGGUCCAAAUCCAGGUGUAGCAAUGCCAAAAGGUCAUGGGGAUUCUGAUGUGUCAAGACCAAGAGUUUCUGGGGCUUUGGACAGGGUAAUGUUGGCAGGAAAUAGUUCUGGUCAAAAUCAUUAUGGCUUGGCUUUUAACAUGACCGAAGAGUUGCCCAAGACUGUGGCACGGACAUUAAAUCAAGGCUCAGUUCCCACAAGCAUGGACUUCCAUCCUAUCCAACAGACUCUACUUCUGGUUGGAACUGGUAUCGGGGACAUUACUUUGUGGGAAGUUAGUUCUAGGGAGAAGUUGGAGUCAAAAAGUUUUCAGGUAUGGGAUAUUGGAGCAAGUUCAAUGGUAUUGAAGGCAUCUAUAAUGAAGGACCCAUCUGUUUCAGUUAAACGCGUAUUAUGGAGUCCUGAUGGUUCUUUAUUUGGGGUUGCAUAUUCUAAGCAUAUAGUACAGAUAUACACUUAUUAUGAUGGACAUGGUAUUCGGCAUCAUGUAGAGAUUGAUGCUCAUAUUGGAAGUGUAAAUGACCUAGCAUUUUGCAAUCCCAAGCAACCAGCGGUCAUUACUUGUGGUGACGACAAGACCAUCAGGGUGUGGGAAGUGGCCACUGGUGCCGAAUUGUAUACGUUCAAAGGUCAUGAAGCUCCUGUUCAUUCUGUCUGCCCCCAUUCUAGGGAAACUGUUCAUUUUGUCUUUUCGACAUCAGUGGAUGGAAAAAUAAAGGCGUGGUUGUAUGACAUGAUGGGGUCUAGGGUUGAUUAUGAUGCUCCUGGUCGAUCAUGCUCCACGAUGGCAUAUAGCGCUGAUGGGAAAAGGCUAUUUUCAUGCGGGACCAAUCAAGAUGGGGAGUCACACAUGGUGGAAUGGAAUGAAAAUGAAGGUACUAUAAAGAGAACCUACCAAGGCUUUCACAAGCGUUCUUUGGGUGUUGUUCAAUUUGAUACUACCAAGAAUAGAUUCUUGGCUGUCGGCGAUGACUACUUGAUCAAAUUCUGGGAUAUGGAUAGUCCUUCUCUUUUGACAACCAUUGAUGCAGAGGGAGGCCUACCAACAAGUCCACGUAUUCGAUUCAAUAAAGGAGGGAACCUGUUGGCUGUUUCUGCUAAUGAUAAUAGAAUCAAAAUCUUGGCGACAGUUGAUGGUCUCUGUUUGAUGCGCACAUUUGAAAGCCAUUCACUGGUUGCCUCGAGAGUUGGAAUUGCAUCUGAGGCACCGAUAAAGAAUGGUGACUCUAGAAGCUCAGAAGGUGUAAAAACAAGGGUGCCCGAAGAAGUACACCCACCAAAGAUAUGGAAGCUCACUGAGAUUAAUGAUCCUUCCAAGCUUCAGUCAUUGAGGCUCUCCACUCGCAUUAAAACAGAUAAGAUUGCGAGGUUGGUCUACACAAAUUCAGGCACUGCCAUCUUGGCACUUGCAUUAAAUGCUAUUCAUCUAUUUUGGAAGUGGCCUCGAAAUGACCUUAAUUCGAGUGGGAAGGCAACAACCAAGGCUUCCCCUCAAUUGGUGCAACCAGGAUCUGGCGUAUUAAUGACUAAUGAUCUAGUUGAUGCUAGAACAGAAGAGGCUGUGCCGUGUUUCGCUUUGUCCAAGAAUGAUUCCUACAUCAUGUCAGCAUCUGGAGGGAAAAUUUCCUUGUUCAACACAAUGACAUUCAAGACUAUGACAACAUUCAUGCCUGCACCACCUGCAGCGACGUAUCUUGCGUUUCAUCCUCAAGAUAACAAUAUUGUUGCAGUGGGAAUGGAUGAUUCCACAAUACACAUAUAUAACGUUCGUGUGGAUGAGGUCAAGAGCAAACUUAUGGGUCACUCUAAGAGAAUCGCUGGUCUUGCCUUCUCUAAUGUGCUGAAUACCCUUGUUUCCUCAGGUGCAGAUGCUCAGGUUAUAGUGUGGAGCACUGAUAGGUGGGAAAGGAAGAAGAAUUGUGUGUUGCAGAUUCCAGCUGGAAGGACACCUCCAGCAAUGUCAGGCACCCAAGUCCAGUUUCACCAAGAUCAAAUCCAUUUGCUUGUUGUACAUGAGACUCUGCUCGCCAUUUAUGAAACAACAAAACUUGAAUGCUUAAAACAGUGGAACAUUGGAGAAUUUUCAGCACCUAUCUCCCAUGCAACAUUCUCUUGUGAUAGCCAGUUGGUUUAUGCCAGCUUCGUGGAUGGAACUUUGCGCAUAUUUGGUGCAUCAAAUCUUCAAGUGAGAUGCCAGAUUAAUCCAAAUGCCUACCUUCAACCAGAUGUCGGUUCUUCAGUAUAUCCACUAGCAGUUGCUGCACAUCCCCAAGAACCUAAUCAGUUUGCCAUCGGCCUAACAGAUGGAAGUAUUCAAGUUUUCGAGCCUCUUGAAUCUGAGGGCAAAUGGGGCAUGCCCCCAUCUGCCGAAAAUGGAGCAUCAAGUAGCAUGCCACCCGCGCCUCCAGCUGUCCCCUUAGAUAAACCCCAGAACAUGGACUGAACAAAUUCCAAUGUCUUUGUUUCAUUUUAAUCAGUUUAAGAAGCAACUUAUAUGUAAUAUGUAGGAAACCUGGUAAGCAUUUUAUAGCAAGCUUUCUUUCAUGCA